UGGCAGAAGUCAGUGUCGGGUCGGCAGCUCCGCUGGGCGCCAGUGAGCCGGCCGGCCGCCGCGUGGUGCUGUGGCAGGCCCGUGGUGCUGGUGCAGACCCGUGGUGCACCCCCAGCGUCAGACUCAGUGGUGGAGUGGCGUGGGACUCGGCAGCCUGCGGGUGCUGGGAGGCUCUGUGUGGGACAGGACGGUCAGCUUCAAUGUAGAUUCAGGACUUCCGGUCUGACUGGGGACAGGAAACAGCCCGAGUCAGGAUACACCUGUCCUGCACUGAAAAUCACCACCGACUGUGCCAGCCGACUUCCUCGAACUUAUAUCGGUAUCGCAGGCGCAGCUCCGCCGCCGCUGCGGCUCAUUUGCCGCUGAACACCUGCAUUAUGCAUGUGUCUCCAUGAAAUGGAGGAGUCGUGUCACCGGGGCCGUGUUCGGCAGCUGCUGAUGGUGCUGACGUAGGCACCCGCCGCCACGGACGACAUAUGAUCAGAACGAGUCGCCUGCGUCAAUCCUGAUUGUAGCAUCACAAACCGUAACAGUACCAGUAUUCAGACCAAUAUCAGGCUAGUCCUUCCUUCUCAGGCCAGUUCAGUUUCUUGACUAUCAGCCGUGCCGCUUGCCAGCCUGUUGUGUACAGCGUAGCUUGAGCUGUUCAAAUACUGCAUCCUUUUCUCAGCUAUCCUAGCAUGGCAUCAGCUGAACUAGCUCAUGAAUUACCCUAACCAAGUAUCAGUAGACAGCCUGGCCUAACUGGCAUCUGCUCUGGCCUAAACUCAAGCCUAUCCUGACCUGACCUGUCCUGACCUGACCUGAUCCGACCGCCCUCCCCAACCGGCCACCAUGAGCCGAAGAGCGAGUCUGUUCGCGCGCCAGAACCCCGGUCGGCGGCGUGUGCGUUUCCCCGACGAGGUGGUCUUCGACGAGAGCGUUAAAGAAAACGACGCCGACGCCGUGGUCAGCAUGCUGCGCCGAGCAAGUGUCGAUAUCGACGUCAACAGGAUCAACUCGGCAGGUCUGACGGCGCUGCACCAGGCGGCGCUGGACGGCAACCUGCCCGUGGUCAGGAUCCUCACCCGGUUCGGCGCAGACCUCAACUGUCGAGACACCGACUCUUGGACGCCUCUGCACGCCGCCUGCUCUAUGGGGCACCACCACGUGGCCAGGUACCUGCUGGAGAGUGGCGCCGACCCGACCCUGCUUACCGAGGACGGUGAGCGGCCGCUGGACCUGGUGGACCCCUCCGACCUGGCCACCGUGGCCGUUAUGCUGCAGCCUCCCCUCGUCGGACACAGCGCAGAGGAAGAGGAGGAGGAAGACGAAGACGAUGAAGAUGACGAUAACAGUGAUCACUCAGACGACCAUGUAGAUAACGGCUGAUGUGUGCGGUGGAGGUGGGAUGGACCGGGUGUGAAGUCACAGUAGCUUGUUACCGAUUUGUGUUGUCCGCACUCCGCAGCACCACACCGAGUCAGUGAGGGUUUAGUGAUGCUGUGCGCUUGGCCGGGAGUUAUGGACCUUGCUGGGUGUGAGCAGCCGUGAACAGUACGGUAAUGGUGACCGUGAUCUGAAGAGCAGCCAUGGCCUGGCAGCCGUGUUUGUGUUUGAUAGUCAGUAGUAAUCGGUGUAGCAUUCUUGCGAGCUUGGUUAGACGAGUGCUGGCCCACUGCAGAAGCCGGCAGGGUCAGUCAGGGGGAGGGAUCGUCUUUUGGCCGGUGAAGCCCGCGGUGCAAAGUUGUCAAAUCGAGGUCAAGUAAAGCUGGCAGUGGAUUAGGGUCUCGUAACGCCACUUUCUUGAUUCGGCAUUGACGAUGUUUGCAAAGUUGGGGCCCAUUUCGACGUGCGUUCAGUGUAGACCGCGGACAACUGAAAGCACUGCGUGUGAACAUUAUUGUGAACUGAAAUGUCGCAUCGUCAGUGUGCUUGUGCUUUCGAAGGCACCAUGGAUGACCGGCGGGCCCGAGUCAUGAGUAGAUAGAUGUGUUGUGUUAUGUCGUACGUGGCAACUUCUCAGUUUCCAGCAACAAGUCAUGUCUCUAAUUUGGGUGCUCGCGCAAGUCGCAGUUUUUGUUCCCUUCCUCAAAAGCAGACAUUAUUUUUGCUGUCUAACUUCAGCAUGCCUGCCUUGAAUUGAGACGCAAAAGUCAGAAGAAUGGUUUGUUUGUCGUGUUUGCAUCCUCUGCACAAUACAUGUCAUUUCACUAGUAA